GCUGCGCGGCUGAGGGAGAAGCGCGUGGAGCGGAGCGGGGAUUUAAAGGAGCCGCUUCGAGAAUGGCAGACUCUGAUACAAGUAUGGAUUUGGUGAAUUCCCAAGAGCAGCCGGAGCCCGCAGAUUUGAGCAUUUGCUCUUCAAAGAGAGUCCAAGAGACGGACUCGCGUGAUAAGAGACUCUCGCUACAUAAGGAAGAGACAUCGGAAGAUACAGAGCAAAGCUGCUCCCAGGAAGCCCAGCAAGACAGGGCAGGUGAUACGGUGAAUAUUAAAGAUGAAUAUAGCGCUAAAGAGCCCUCGGAAUCAGAACUCUCUGACCGCCCGGAGGGUGCCGACCUCCGCUAUGGGUUUGGAUUAGACGCCACGCAGUAUAAUAAUAUGCAAAGAAAUCACUCUCCGUAUGACGCAAACAGACCGGGGAUCGGGAAACUCUACUGUGACCUCUGUGGACUGGCCUGCAACAGCUUGAAUGUCUUACUGGUGCACAAAAGAAGUCAUACUGGGGAACGUCCUUUCCAGUGUAACAAGUGCGGGGCAUCCUUCACCCAGAAGGGGAACUUGCUCCGGCAUGGCAAGCUGCAUACCGGGGAGAAACCUUUCAAAUGUCACCUGUGCAGCUAUGCGUGUCAGAGGAGAGAUGCCCUGUCUGGGCACCUCCGCACCCACUCUGUGGAGAAGCCGUACAAGUGUGAGUUUUGUGGACGUAGCUACAAGCAGCGCAGCUCUUUGGAGGAGCACAAGGAGCGUUGUCGUAUUUAUCUCCAGAACGUCACAGAGUCCGUAAUUGAGGGCCCUCGGCAGCCCAAGCCGGAGGCCGGGAGCGAGAGAGCUAUGGUUCUGGACAGGCUUGCCAGCAACGUGGCGAAGAGAAAGAGCUCAAUGCCGCAAAAGUUUAUAGGAGAGAAGCAGCAAUGCUUUGAAGUGUCCUAUAACAAUUUAUUGUAUGAUAAGGAUCAUGAUAUGAUUCCCUCACGGAUCAUGGAGCAGAAUUUAGGAACUCCUAUGGCCUAUAUAAAUACAGAUGCUUUGCACCCCUUGGCCCACGCUCCACCAGCUCCCAGCGCUGAAAUGGUGUCUGUGAUCAGUAGUCUCUACCCGAUACCUCUCACACGCAUGGAGAUGACCAAUGGCCACCUGUCCUCUCAGCACUUCAAGGAAAAAUCAUCACUUCCAGAUAGAGGUUUGUCACCCAUGGCCAGCGUUCAGGACUCCACUGACACAGACAGCAGCCACGAAGAAAGGGCCAUUUACCCGUCCAGCUUAAACUCGGCUCCUCUGAGGUCCAGCAACGCACGCCAGGCCCCCAAAGAGCUCAUAAAGGUUUGUGAUUCGUUGAAGCACCCUGUCCUAAAUCAAUGCGAUGGUCUGCAGGUACUGAGCAAGGAAGGGUCUCCGUUGGGCAUUUAUCGCUGUGAGCACUGCUGCAUCAUUUUCCUGGAUUAUGUCAUGUUCACUAUCCAUAUGGGGUGCCACGGCUUCCGGGACCCGUUUGAAUGCAACAUGUGCGGCUACCGCAGCCAGGACCGCUACGAGUUCUCGUCUCACAUCGCUCGUGGGGAACAUCACGUGAAAUAGCGGGGAUACCAGCGGUAUCCGUUUCCACGCACAGACUUCUAUCUCCCUACAAAAAGUGAAGUCAGAGAGGAAGCCGUCCCAUCGCCUCGGUCCACGGAGCAUUUUAGGUGCAUUGAUUGUACGAUUUACCCAAAGAUGAUGGCGUUAUCGGCCGGUGCGGGGCGGACUUUUCCCCUGUACAAAACACAGACUUUUAAAACAUUGCCGAGUCUGCUCCCCCUGGCAACGGUAUCUCUUUAUAUCAAACCACUCCAAUGUUCUAUUUCGCUAAUUCUCUUUCUUAAUUUUGUAUUUAGAGCAAUAAAUAUUUUCUGUGUAUUUCCA